UCACGAACGAAACAACACAAUUACAGCGCAUGCGUACCAGUAUCGCUGUCACUACUUUGACUUUAGUUAAAUGUCACGUAGCAUUUAAAUAGAUUUUUAAACAAAUAGUUACCACGGCUUCAGUGCAUUAACAUCUUUGGGACUGAAAUUUAUUAGUUCUCGGAACAGCACGCAAUCCGUAGCAGAUAUCAGUGUCGCUCGUCUUCUUUUGGCUCUGUAGAGACAUGUUUACAUCCCAGACCUCUUCCUUCCAGGAGUCCAUAGACGUGGAAGAAAGGGAUGCAGACUUCGACAACGAAGAGAUCGCCGGAUACAGCCAAAAAAUACAGCAGAUUAACAGCUACUAUGCCAUAUACUACUACCAGAACACAAGAUCUGAGGCUUCUGGAGAGAGUGUGGCCUGGAGCCAGAGGAGAUCAGACUCAACCACAAGUCAGGAAGACUUUAGUCUCACCCUGCUGGACGCCAGCUUGCCAGCCGAGGCCGAGCCGGAGCUACGAAGCUACAUCUCCCGCAGGCUGAGCAAGGGCGCUUUGCUGGGGGGCAUGGGGAACAUUGCCACUGUGGAGCUAAGUGUCCCUGAGCAAGCGGUGGGCUGUUACUGCUGUCUGCUGGAGCAGGAGAAAUCUCCAGAUCAGCCUGAGGCCGACGGUAACGGCUGGGUGGUGUGUCUUCUCGGAGGAUCAGAGAAGGGCCUGAAUCUAUUUAGAAUCGAGCUGGACAAGUACGUCCAGGGUCUGCAGGGCUGUUUGACUCCAGAGAUGCAGAAUUUGGAGACAGAAGUCAGGCCCUACCUGAACCGCUGGUAUGAAGAGUCAGUUAUGCACAUUCACAGAGUGGUCCAGCUGUUGCAGGCGAACGUCGGGUACCUUCUGCAUGCUGCUUUGAGUCACAAGCUUUUCGAGGUCACAGGGACAGAUGAGAAGACAAAAGCAGAUAUAGCAAGAUUUAUCAAAGCAGCAAGCCUGCAGGGUCUAGUUCAGCAAGACACCACUGCAGCCUCCCUCUGUAAAGCCAUUUCAGAGGACUCUCACACCAGUCUGAUCAUCGACUGCUCCACCAGCCCACCCACACUCACCAAUAAAGUCAGUAACCGAUUCUGCGAUGACUGGAUCCAGGCCUUCCUCAAAGCUGCUGAGCGAUUUAACCCUUUCCUUCUCUGCCAAAUCCUGGAGAAUUUUAAACUUAAGGCCAUUCAGGACAUGAACAACCUGAAGCGCUUCAUCCGUCAGGCUGAAAUGAGCCACUACGCUCUGUUCCACUGCUGUCUGUUCCUGCAGAGCUCUGGAAACGGAGACGUGCUGCUGCAGAACGCAUGGGCCGAGCACAGCAGUCUUCCUGAGGCCUGUGGAAUCAUAACUGUGCUGGAGGAGUUCCUCGGGGAGCAUGCGCAGGGCACGCUGUACUGACACCACAGCGAUUCGUAAACACACCUAUCUGAGAGCACCUUGCGAGCAGCCGCCCAGAACUCCAGUUUAACACCCAUAAUCAUAGCAGUGCGGUUUGCAUUUUAAGCAACUUCAACAAACUUGAAUUGAAAACACUAUGUAUAUCUUAGUGUGUAGUGGUUCAGCAGCAAAGGUUGAAAAAGAUUAUUCUGUGAUGCGCUGCUGUAUGUUAAUUUGGGUGCUUAAAAAAUCUCAACUAAAUAGAUCCUAUAAAAUGGACCAAUGAAAAAUGCUUCUGUUUCUGUUUACAUACAUAAUAUAUAUGUGUGUACUUUGUAUAUUUAUUAUGUAUAUAUAAAUAUACAUACAUGCAGUAUAUAUGUUGAAAAUAUAUACAUUUAUUUACAUGUAUAUAUUUAUAUUCAUAUAAUUUAUAUUAUAUAGAGAUAUAUUUAAUAUAUAAACAUGACAUUUUUCUGAAAUAUAUACAUGCAUUUGUGUAUUUAUAUAUACAUAAUAAAUACACACAGUACACACACAUAUAUUAUGUAAACAAAAACUUUUAUUUUGGAUGCGAUUAAUCGCAAUUAAUCGUUUGACAGCACUAGUAUAUAUUAACACAAUACUGUUUAUAUGUGACAACUGAUUCUAGUCUCUGUUGUGUAGCAGUCGUUGUUUUGAAGAUGUGAUUUUUAAAACACAGUCCUGUACAUUUAUUGAAAUAGCAAACUGAAUUAGGAAGCUAGUCACAUAAUCAUGAAGCUCUGUACAAGCCUAUAGCCUAUUAACAGUCUAUUAUAACCUACUGUACUAUGACCUGCAUGGCCCAUUUUAUCGUUUUUUUUUUUUUUUUUUUUUUUUUGUGAUAAAGUGCUUAAUUGGAUGAGCUUAAUUCCUAUAAUGAUUUCUUUGAUUUAUAAUCUUGUUUGCUAUUUCAAAAUGUUUCUUACCAAAGACAAAACUUCUGAUAAUCAUAAAACAGGAUGUAAAUGUAACAGUUAAAAAGAACAGAAUUGUGAGAAAAAUAUCCCUUAAACAUGUAUAUAUAUUGAUCCAGUUGUAAAUGGUGAUAAUGAUUUAGGGUUUGACAUGACUGUACUGUCAAUAAUUUGUUCCAGGAAUAUUUCAUUUGUGUGAAUUUGUAAGGAUGAAAGAAAUGUUCAACACUGCAUUGACUCACUGUUAAUAAUUUAAUUCAUGCAAGAAUUAUAAUAACAUAUUGUAAUUUAGCAUGGGCCAAGUUGUAUUUUAUUCUGUUUUAAUUAAUCCACUUUAAACAUCUCAUGUGAGAUGAAAUAAACCGGGAAAAUAAUCAUAA